AUGGACUUCAGAACUCUAGAAAACUUGCAGGACAAGUGUGACUGUUCCAUUUGCCUGGAUUUCUUAGAAGACCCAGGGACCACUAGAUGUGGGCACAACCGUCGUGCCUGCCUCAGUUUGUUCUAGAGUGAUCUGAAACACAUCUUCCCCUGCUCUGUCUGCCAAGCUGGCUUCCCACAGAGAAGCUUGAGCAGAAAGCACCAGCAUGGUCACGUGAUGGAAAUCGUUAGCCUCUUGCAGAAGAGACGCAAGAGGCAGGAAGAGCACACGAUGUGUCAGAAGCAUGAUCAGCCUCUGGUCCAGCUCUGCGUGAAGGAUCUAGAUAUUUUAUGUACCCAGUGUAGCCUCUCUGUUGAACACCAGGGCCAUUACACCUGCCCCAUUAAGAAAGCUGGCUCUUACCACAGAAGAAUUCUAGAGGGGGCCAUUGAAACUUUGAAGUGCAAGGUGAAAGGAGUCAAAGAAGAAGAAGACCUAGCUCUGGGGUGCAGAAGAGUUCUUGAAGUGAGGGAGGAGACAGAAUAUAAAGAAAUAAGUUGUGAAUUUGGGCCAAUCAAUCUGUUCCUGAAAAAUGAGUAUGAAGUGAAUGUAAAUGAGAUACACAUUGAGGAGCUUGUGGGUUUAUCAGAACUGAAUGAAUAUCUCAACAAUCUGUCAGACCACGUUUCCACAGCAAAAGAUCUGUUGAAGGAAGCAGAGGCCAUACAUGAAGGGUCAGAUGUCACACUCCUGACAAGCACUCUGAGAGCCUACCACAGGCUGCAAAACCUUAGAACCCCCAAACUGUAGUCAUUCAGGUCAAAGCACUAUGGCCUCAGCCUCCCGCCACAGUAUUCUGGCUUGGACAGAAUCAUUAAGUGAUUUCAAACAGGUAUGACUUGUGGUCUUGACAUAGCACACCCUCAGCUCGUUACUUCUGAGGAUAGAAAGUCUGUGCUUUAUAAAGAAGCAAGGCAACAUGUGUGUGCUGGCCCUCGGAAAUUUCACCUCUGGGCUGCUCUCCUGGGGUGUGAAGGAUUCCAUUCGGGUUGACUGUACUGGGGAGUAAAAGUGGGAGACAAGCCCAGGUGGGCACUGGGUGUGUGUCAAGCCUGCUUUUCUGGGGACUUGAGCAAUCAGCCUUUGGUUGCCGAGGGCCUCUGGGCAAUUGGGAUAACUGAGAGUACCUAUGUCACCUGUGGGCCUUCAAGAACUGAAUUGCCAGUGGUGCGGCCCAGCAAGAUUGGCAGCUUUUUGGAUUAUGAAUUGGGUGAGCUCUCCUUCUACAAUAUGAAUGACAGAUCUCUUCUCUACACUUUCGGGAAUUCUUUAACCAGCACUCUUUGGCCUUAUUUCUCUACAGGAACAGAUUCUGAAUCUCUCGAAAUCUUAACCCACCCCACACCAGACACAGGGUCUUACUUAGGAUAAUUUAGCCAGCACAUUUAAGCUAGUGAUUAAGCAAACAAACAAACAACAAAAUCCACCACCCACAAAACACCCAAGUCUUUUAAAUUUAAGCACUGAAAACCGGACUGCAUUUUUAACUAUUGCUUUCAGUAACUCUAAGAAACAGGAUAGUGUGACACACACCUGUCCCAUCCUAGCACCUGAGAGAUGUGGGU